UCGAAAGCCGCCAAGCUCAGCGUUUUGGUGAAGGAUCCGUUCAAAACGAUUUGAAGAAAACAAAUGGUUUCCGUUAUACCCAACAGUAGAAGAGCGUUGAAAUGGACAAACGUGUUCAAGGGAGGGCAGCAGCGUAUUGCAACGUUACGGGCUCUGCCGACGUGUCAUCCCGCACACUGUAGACGAAAACAUGGCCUUACCGGACCAGCACCCACGGAAGCUCCUUCUCGGCAAACUGUGCUCCACCUCCGCCGUCCCCUUGUAGCGAAUGGAUCUGAUGUUCAACCAGAGUUUCAUGCACCUACUCGCUCUGCCAUGUCAGACUAUAUUCGUUCCGCAUCUCUCAUGCUGGAGACCAGCCAACAGCAACGACGUGGUAUAACCUCCAAGUUCAAUUUUGAUACGUACAAGCUGGUCCGACAGUUGGAGCGGCAAGGCUUCACCCGAGGACAAGCUGUCGCGAUAAUGCGAACUAUCAACGCUUUAUUGGUAGAUAGUACUCUCUCUAUACGAUCAGAUAUAUUGUCAAAGACGGAUUUAGAGAACCAAACCUAUUUAUACAAGGCUCACCUUCAAGAACUUCGUAAUGAGCUGCAGCUACUACGGCAAAAUGACUCUGCCCAGCUUAAAGCGGAUACUGAACAAAUACUGCGAGAUAUCGAGUCCAUGAAUGCAAAAUUCUCGGAAUUUGUAGGAAGUUUGAAAACCGAUGUGUCUAUGGACUUGAAUAACCAUAAAACGGAUGGGAGGGAAGUCGGUACAGAUACCGAUUUGAGAAUACAAGAAAUUCAUCACAAAUUGAUUGUGCGGAUUAGCGAUCUCAAAACCAAAAUUGAGACCAUGAAAGUCGAGACAACGAGGAUUAUAGUUUGGAUGGCACUCGGCACAUUUGCGGUUCUAAUGUCGAUUGAUUGGAUUUCACCUGCAGUCUUUGGUUCGGCACCAAAAGGUGGGCAGUCGUCCGAUCAGCCACCUCCCCCCAUUAUAUCGGCCUUUCCGCACCCGCUUCGCAGCUCCCAGUCGGUACAGCAACCACCGCAACACCCUCAACCCCAGCAACCACAGCAGUCUCAACCAGGAUCAAUAGAUAGCUCGGGCAAAGUGUUGUCAUUUUGAUUUUCUUGUACACUAUGCCCAAUCUUGGGUUUAUAGUUUAAUGAUUUCAUAGACAUGAUCCUGAAAAACAUCAACCUGCUCAAAUUUCGUUGGGACGAGAGAUCAUUUAAUCGCAUCUAUUGUCAUUUAAUGCAUAUAAUCGC